AGGUAUGGAAGCGGAUCUGUAAAUUGCCAUUAGUAAGCUUUGUGAAAAGGUUAUAGGUGAAUUGCAUUCAGAUCCAAGUAGAGAAACAUUCGCGUGGUUGUGGACAAAAUGAGUUAGCACAAACAUUACACCAGUCUGUGGACGGAAAUUACUGUUUUGGUUUGCGUGGAAAUUGAGCUACUCGAGUGAUCGUUUGAAUACGGGCUCUCGGGAGCCGAAACAAUUCAGCUUUUCAGAAGGGCGCUGGGGUGAUACUUGAGCAGAGAUUUGGCAGCUGAGGAAGAAGCCAGAGCCUUUCUGGGAAGCAGUUGUCACUCCAAAACUGUGUAGCGUUCAGGAAGGCCUCUUCCUUCCUUCCUCCUCCUCCUCACACCCGUUUCAAGCGCAGGUAGCGGUAGGUGAUAGUCCAUGGUUUGUCAUAAGCACUGUGGAAUCUUGGAAAUGGGACCUUGUCAGGGCAGGUAAUGGAGGAAUCCCUUUCACCCACCCCCUUCUCUGUGUGGAAAUGGUUUUAACAGGCGUUUGUCUGGAGACCUCGGAAGUACAGUGAAGAAGAAUAAAAUCUUUACUGCGUGAGACUAGGUGCAAUAAGACGGAUUUUUUACAGCAUUUUCCCCCAUAAAACAAACGUUUGAGACUUGAGUUUCUCCCGUGAGCACUGCCGCUAGCCGCAACCAUGCCGAGCUCAACAAUUCGCCGGCAGAUGAAGAACGUGGUGAACAACUACUCGGACGCAGAGAAGAAGGUGCGUGAGGCGACCUCCAAUGACCCCUGGGGCCCCUCGAGCUCGCUUAUGUCAGAGAUCGCCGACUUGACCUAUAAUGUGGUGGCCUUCUCGGAGAUCAUGAGUAUGAUCUGGAAGCGGCUCAACGACCACGGGAAGAAUUGGCGCCACGUGUACAAGGCGCUCACGCUCUUGGACUACCUGAUCAAAACAGGCUCAGAGCGCGUGGCGCUGCAGUGCCGCGAAAACAUCUUCGCCAUCCAGACGCUGAAGGACUUCCAGUACGUGGACCGUGACGGGAAGGACCAGGGCAUCAAUGUGCGUGAGAAGUCGAAGCAGCUGGUGGCGCUGCUCAAGGACGACGACCGACUGAAGGGCGAGCGCUCACAGGCGCUCAAGACCAAGGAGCGCAUGGCGCAGGUGGCCACCAGCGCGGGCAGCAGCGGUCACAUGAGCUUCGGCCGCGGCUCCAGCCAGCCCAACCUGUCCACCAGCUACUCGGAGGAGUACGGCCGCUCCGAGGGCUCCCCCGCCUCCUACCAUGGCUCUACAAGUCCCAAUGCCUCCUCGGAGCUGGAACAGGCCCGGCCUCAGACGAGCGGCGAGGAGGAGCUGCAACUGCAGCUGGCCUUGGCCAUGAGUCGCGAGGCUGCAGAGCAGGAGGAGAGGAUGAGGCGUGGUGAUGACCUCCGUCUACAGAUGGCGCUAGAAGAGAGCCGCAAGGACACCACAACAACAACAAAGUCAGUGAAGAAGAAGGAGCAACCGCAGUCUUCCCUAAUGGACUUGAUGGACGUUGUACCCCAAGCCUCCCCUCCAACCCAUUCCAUAGACCCCUGGGGAGGUGUGUCCAAGGCAGCCAGUUCAGACCCCUGGCAGUCCUACGGUACAGCUUCGAAACCAGCCGCCUCGCUGGAUCCUUGGGCAUCGUCCUCCAGCUCAGCCUCCGCCACACCCAUCAAGAACGCUGAUCCCUGGGGGGCGUCGGCAACAUCUGCAGCUGCCACUGCGCCAACCGUCGACCCCUGGGCACCAACGUCUGUCCGAACCAAGACCGCAGGUAGUUUCGACCCCUUCAGUACCUUGAAUGGUACAUCCAAAGAGGACCUAUCUGACUUUGACAGCCUUCGCUCCUCUUCCGUCAAAACGGGAGAUGCCCGGGGAAGCUCCAGCCUCCCAUCGCGGCCCGCCGCCUCCGCAAGCCCCGACCCGUUCGACCUGCUGCCGAGCACAACCUCCCGGAAGACCCCCGAGUCCUUCCUGGGCCCUAACGCCGCUCUGGUGAACCUGGACUCGCUGGUCAGCAAGCCUCCGCAGCUUUCGGCCGCAUCAAACCCCUUUCUGUUGACCGGUGCGUCCCCCAAGGGUGUGUCUACCAGGGCUCUUCGUAACACGAAAAUGGAAAUGGUCGCGUUUGCUUUGUUUGCUAUUUUGUCCGUCUCCCCAACAGGCACGGCCCCUCCACCCCCAGCUCCGGUGAACCCUUUCCAGGUGAACCAGCCGCAGCCGCCCACCCUCAACCAGAUGAGGGUGAGCCCUAUGAUGGGAAUGGGCACCCCAGCCUUCGGGGGCCUGCCCCAGAUGAGCGCUGAGCCGCUGCCCCUCUCUUCCAUGGUGCCUGUGCCUGGCAUGACCACACUGGCGUCCGUGGGCCACGUGGUGCCUGGCAUGGGCGUGAGUGCCCCGUCCUCCUUGUCCAUGCCGCAGCCGCUGAUGAGCACAGUGCUGCCCCCGUCUGGAGCUGGAGGCAACCAGGGUGCUGCCACCACCACCAACCCCUUCCUGUUGUGAGGCGCUGCCCCUGGCCCAACCCCUUUCUGUUUGAGACACAGCUAGCCCUGCCCACAAUAGACAGUAUAGUCCUUUGUGUUCUCAGACAGGUGUGCUAUUUUAAAACUUUUUGGAGUAGCAGUGGAGUUUACACUUUCACCUGCCAGAAGGUGCUCUUUGGCCUUUGCGUGAGAGGAUCCCGACUGCGACUGGUCCCCCCCCCCCCCCCCAAAUCAGCUGAAAUUACUCGUGUGUGAUGAUUACCCUGUCACUCAAAGUAUAUACAGUAGUUGCUCUGCAAAAGACUGUCUAGUAUUCAUGGGGGUACCAAGUUUUCAUUGGAUUGCUUUAAAAUUAAUCUGAAGCUUGGAAAUGUAGGAAUUCUGCUGUUUUAUUAUGUUAGUCUACUAAAGCGAUCCAUUUACUAAUGCUAACCUUUUUAAUCAGAGUAACUUAAAUGUUCUGCGUUGGUGAACACACACUUGUGUAUUUCCAGUACGCAUAAGUAGACAGACUAGAGAACUCAGUUCAGUUUACAUGUAAUAUUUCAUGUUCUAAGCAAGCAGGGAUUUUGCACAUGCUUUAGUGUGGGUUUUUUUCUUUCCUUUUUUUUUUUUUGUUGAUUGUUGGUUCACCAUUAGUCCUUAGCUCAAGCAAAACAGCGAUCAAACUGUUCCUGCAGAAAAGGCUUCGGCAGCCAAGUGUCACACUCUGUGGCAAAUUCUCCUUGGCACUGGGACUUGAGAAAGUGGGACGCAACUCCUUGUCGAGCAGCGCAGACUCUGAGCGCAGUAGGGAGCCCUUUUGGACCUUUUAAAGGACAGCUGUUAACGGUAACACAGGCCACCCUGUGUGUAUGUGUGGGUUUGAGUUUUUUUUUUUUUUAUAAACUUUAUGCAUUCAGGCUGGAGAAAAGAGUGAUGGGUUGGAUUGUGGAGUGGUUAUGUGAAUUCAUUGUUGUUGUCCAGCUAGCUCACUUUAACGGCUCUCUGAAUAGUGACUGUUUUUAAAAUAGACCUUUUUAAUUCUUGAUCUUAUUGGGCCUGUUCAACUGCCGAGCUCCAGGUCACGCCAACAAUCCGAAACAUCUACACGUUCAGCAGCUCCAGAGUUUUCAGUGUGUACAGAAUGAGUGGAUUGUUGGGAAACAAAGGGAAAUGGUGGGUUGGAUUGGGGGCAGCUUACAGAAACUUCCUCUGCAGCUCUAGUCCCACCGAGACGGAGAGAAGCAGAAGUGGGUGCGCCGCUCUUCUGCUCCUCAGCAACAUAUCCCUGGUACAUCAGACCCUGAAGAGUACAUGCCUGUUAAGUGUGUGUUUCCAGAGCUGUGAUGGAUGGGAGUUAAGUGCAGGGGGGAACUCAGCCUUACAUUCUUUGCCUCCCGGAAUGGGCUCUGGAUCACUACGGUCCUGCAUGGACGAGCGGUCGCCGACAGCGGGCACGUGGACGUGACAGAGGUCAGAGAUGUCUACCUGCCUUUGCCGUGCAGUUCAUGUAAUUCAGUAGGUCAGCACCCCCUAUGGAGUGCGCCCCUCCCCCCCAGACUGGCAUCACCGUGCCGGUCGGUCAGUUUUAAAAGGCCAUCACGAAGCCUUGCCUCGGAUUAUUCUGACCAAUGCAGUUUAUUGAACUGUUAAUUUUAAAGACUUUUUCCUUUUUAAACUUUGAUAAACCUUAAAGGGAUCUGCCCGCGCUUCACUGUAGUUAGCGGGAGAACUAAACACUGUGCAUUACCUUUUCGUUGGACGAGCGGUCGAGGCAGCGGUUUUUCUGCGCGUAGAUGGCACUCCACAGGAGAAGCGGAUCUCGGCGAAUCUGAACGGCGACGCGUCCGUCCAGGCAGCGUCCCACUUCGGCACCGGCCGUUUGCCCUGCCGCCCUGUUACCUGUGCCGUUCUACCCUGCCAUGAGUUGUCGGAGAGCAAGUGCGCACAAGCACAACAGAACUGCAGGGUCUUAUCACGAAAAGACACUUAACCAAAGUUACAUUUCUGGCAAUUUAUUAAAAAAGGAGGAUCUUUAAUAUUUGACUUUUUAAUACCAAUUUGUAGAUAGUUAUUUUGUAACUUGUCUUCUGCCCCGUGAUUGGUUUGGUUUCUUUGCGAUCACUGCCAACUUGUCCUUUCUUUUUUUCUUCUUAGGUGUCCCCACUAGCACCCUCUGCUGGAACUGUUGCGGUGUAGUUCGGUCCUUGUGCAGCUCUGUAGCAAACUGUGGCUGUGAUUCUGACUAUAGAGAACUAGCUUACCUACCAACACACAUACUCAGGCAUAAAGAGGGGGGAGGACAGCUUUAAGCUAUCUUUAUAUACUUUAAUCUGGUAGAUGUGAUGGGCUGAACAGGUUCUUAUCCUGUUAAAAAAAAAAAAAAAAAAAACUGCUUAUCCUUGCAGAUGAGUAUACUAUAAAUAUGCAAAAUUUAAAGUUUAAAAUGAAAGAUCUGUGCUCCAGAAUGGGGAAAAAAGGUUCUGCGAUGUUGUCUUCAACUACAAACAAUAUCUAGCUCAGAUGGUCAUGACUGUCUUUCCUGUAACCAUCCUAAGUCCUUCCCCCCCCCCCCCCCCCCUUCUCUCCACCUUCUGUUGCCAUGUACUCAUGAUGUAUUUACUGUGCAGAACUAACAUUGUGAACAUGCAUAUUCAAGUCUGGUUUUUUUUUCCAUGUUACCGUGUCUGUAUAUUUACCGACUGUUUCAUAUUACUGGGAGCAGGCUGCUUUUUAUGGAUAUGUGCUCAACUUGUUUGGCAUUAUAACUGUAUAAUAUAAUUUAUCAUUUGUAUUAUUGUAACAUAUUGUUCUGUGUAAUGGUUUUGUAGGAAGGUCACAUGAGUAAUGUGAUGUUUUAACGCCAUCUAAACAGCAGCAAGUGACUUAAGGACCUGUAGCUGCAACAGUAAAAAAUAAACUAUCACUUGAGCUUGUA